AUGAUGAGUAAUAUUGAAAGCGAUAUUGUUGAAUCUGUUGCUGCAGCUCUAUACAUUGAUUGUGGAUUUAACUUGCAACAUACAUGGAUGAUUUUUAGACACUUACUUGAACCGUUAGUCAUGCUUGAUGUCAUUUUAGCUGAACCACAACCUAUUACAGCAUUGUAUGAGGCGUGUCAGAAGGACGGAAAACAACUUGAUAUACAAUACCGGAGGAAUGGUGACAGAACCAUUGCAAGUGUCUAUAUGGAUGGUACACUUAUCACAUCCCGCUCUUCUGACACCAAAGAGAAUGCAAAGCUUCAUGCAGCCGAGGCCACUUUGUUAAAAAUAACAAAACUGAAAACCAGUGAUAUGGGCCCACAAGCUAUUGUUAAUUUUAAUGAAGCAACGGAGACUGAAGGUGCCAAACAGAAACCAAAUGAAUUAUGCAACAUUUCCACAUUUUUUGCACGGGCUUUCAUUGCAAAAUCUUUAUCUAUCAUGUCAUCGACUAACUGCUCAUAA